CGUAUCUAUUUUUUUUGUUGCCAGUCUACACUUUCGAACUAACGUUAAAAUGUGGCUAGCUAGCGAAUUGGUCUACCACGUCAUGUUGUAAGACACGGUCUAGCUAGCUAACGUUAGAUACUUCAAUUUCCAGUCUGCCAUUUGGGAUUCGUCGACUAAAUGUAAUAUAUGUAUCUAUUGGCAUAGUUGUGAAGAUCAGCGUUAGCUAGCUAUUAGCUGUUCGUUAGCUAGCUACGACUUCACUGCUCUGUUUGACUGCGAGUUCGUGGCUUUCUAGUUGGCUGGCAGCUACACAUCUUUCGUGCGUUGGAUGGAUCAUAUAAUUAGGAAUUUAAUCGGUUCUCUGAGAUGGAUCAAGCAUCAGUAGCUAAGGACUGUUAGGUGUUUUUCCGGACACGGCCCUGGAACCUGUUUAGCUAUGCUAUGGCUAUACGCUUUUUGACUAGGAACAUUGAUUAAAUGCAUAUUCGGGGCCACUUUAUCUCCACCCCGCAACAUGGAUACGGAUGUUUUUCACCGUGGUGAAGGGUGCGGGGGUUAUGUGAAAAGCUGGUUUAGGGCUACGCCCACAGAGCUCUCUGAUCUUAGGGCAGACAGGCAGAGUGUAAAAUGGCGCACAGCUGUCGGUGGCGGUUCCCCGCUCGGCCCGGAGGGAGCAGCAACUUAGGCACCGGGAGGAGAGCGGGCCGAAUCCGGGUCACUGCCUCCCUUCGAAGUAGCACAGGGACCCACCCGAACACGGCUGGGCUCGGACCCGGCUUUGAUGCUGCGUUACAGGUCUCUUCUGCUAUCGGUUGCAACCUGCAGAAAUUUCGGGAUGUUUUGGGAGAGUCGAGUGGUUCAAGCAGCGGGGAGGAAGGAGCGUUUGGAGGCUUUGGGACAGUCAGUGAACACCGAAGAAUGCAGAGUCAGUCGAGGACGUUGGCAGUUACUCCCACGCAGGAGAAGAAGCCCAGAGGCCGACCCCCGCGGGCCCUGACUGCACAGAAAGGGCCCGCAGGCGCCGGCCCUUCCCCCUCGCCUUCCUCGGGGAAACCCGAGGGCCAGGAGUGGCCUGUGGAGAAGGCCAAGCGGCUGCCCGGGAGGCCGCCUGGCUCUGGAGAGAAGAGGAGAGGCCGUCCUCCGGCCUCUGGCACCCAGAGAAGUUUGCAGGCCGGCAGCCAUACAGACAAUGACAGCAGGCAGGUGGGGCAGGAGCACAGCUCCACAACUACACACCGCAAGGACGAGGAGAGGAAAGCCACAAAGAGAACGCCCCUGGGCUCCGUGCAGCAGCACGACACAGAGGCCAAAGCGAGCCGCGAAUCCAAGGUGACCAAACUGAAGCGGCUGCGGGAGGUCAAACUGAGCCCACUCAAGGCCAUCGCCAGGAAGUGUGUGCCGGUGCCCGGUGUGCCCCGGCGCAGACGAGGACGGCCUCCAUCUGCCGAACGCCUCAAAGCCGAGGCUGCUGCUGCCCAGGCCUCUUGUUCAGAGGAAACCAAACAAAAGUCCUUCAGCGUCCGCCGGGACAGAGAUACGGACCCCCACACUCCUCAACAGCAGUCUAAGCUCAGGGCGUCCCACUUUGCUGAGGAGGACGACAGCCCCGAUGUCCACAGCUCCUCAAGCUCGCUCCCCUCAUCCUCUCCCUCCAAGCUGGGCAGGCCACUGAACCUGAGAACCAGCCCCCGCCACAUCAAGCCCGUGCGCAUCGUUCCCCCCUCCAAACGCACUGACGCCGCAAUCGCCAAGCAGCUGCUGCAGCGCGCCAAGAAAGGUGCGCAGAAAAAAAAACUGUUAGAGAAGGAGGUGGUUGCCAUAGGAGGCCAAGGGGCAGCAGCCAUGGAGGCAGGCAUCCGGAGGAGGAGGAGAACGCAGCUGAAGAACAUCAGGCAGUUCAUCAUGCCCGUGGUGAGCACUGUCUCGCUGCGCAUCAUUAAAACCCCAAAGCGCUUCAUCGAGGACGAAGGCAGCUUCGGCGCCUCUCACCCCCACAUGAAGAUGGCACGGUUAGAUGCAGUUCCGCCCCCCGUCGCUGUCCCCCGUCCCGCUUCGGCGGCCUCCCCCAUGCGUGCGUCUACAGCUGCAGUCACCGCCGCCGCUGCUAAAGCUGUGACCGCAGCUCCGGUCGACACCAUCCCUCCCCCGCCUCCCACUGUCACACCCAGCAGGGCCACGGCGGCCAGCCUGCUCAACAACAGCUGCAACAACAGCACCAGCAAUGGGCGCUUCAGCAGUAGUGUCGCCUCGUGUGGCUCCAGCGCGGUGUCGCUGCACUCCUCCCAGCUCUCGUCGGGUGAGUCGUCCCGAUCCAGCAGCCCCAGUCUGGACGACUCGUCGUGCGACUCCCAGGCUUCGGAGGGCACUCAGGCCCUGUCCGAGCCUGAUGAUGAGCAUGACGACGAGCGAGACCACUCCCCAUCCUCCCAGGGAGAGAGGGAGGGGGACAUGCUGCACUCCUCCAGGCAUCCGUCAGAGCCCGAGCCGGAGCAGCGUGUUCUGAUUGAGCGGGGCCGGAGAGGCCGCAGAGGGCAGGGUGUGGGCAGGGGCAGCCUUGGGGCGAGGGGAAGAGGCAGCCUGGUCACCGCAGGGAAGAAGGCUAUCAUCAGCCCGGCCACGGGAGUUUUGAUGUCCAACUCUCAACAAGCCGCCUCCGCCGCCUCCUCGUCUUCGUCCCCCCCGCCCCCCCCUCUCCUUAGCUCCCCGCAGCAGGCCCAGUCAGGCUCCAACACAGCGGAGCACCACUCCCACUCCCCUUGGAUCCUGCCCCACCCGUUUCUCCAGGGCCAGUCAUUGGUGCUCUCCAGCCUGCAGGACAAGCGCAGGUCCAUCCUGAGAGAGCCCACCUUCCGCUGGACAUCUCGGUCUCGCACCGAUCAGCAGUACUUCUCCUCCGCUAAGUAUGCCAAGGAGGGCCUUAUCCGCAAGCCUAUCUUCGACAACUUCCGCCCUCCACCUCUCACGGCUCAAGACGUGGGUCUAAUGCCCCAUGGCGCUGGUACCGGGGCGGUUGCUUCAGCGGGUUACCCUGCGCCGGGUGGUGGGACUGGGGCGGGCACCCGUCUGUUCUCUCCACUACAUCACCACCACCACCACCAGCAGCAGCACCCCUCCUCCCGCUUCGAGUCGCCACUCCAGAAGCGCAGCCCCCUGCUGCGCGCCCCGCGCUUCACUCCCAGCGAGGCGCACUCGCGCAUCUUUGAGUCGGUCACCCUGCAGUCGUCAUCAGGGAGCAGCCCGGGAUCGCUGUCUCCCCUCCAGUCCUCCCCCAAGUCUGGCCGGUCGGUGAGACGCAAGAAGAGGACGACCCCGGGACCCCUGCGAGGUCAACCCCGGUCCCCCUCACACUCCAUGACCACGAGGAGCAGCCAGCCAGGGGCCCCGCCCGGAAAAGGUCCCUCUGAACUGUCUGUGCUGACAGGCUCCAUCUCCACUGGUGCCAGCAGCACCAGUAAUUCCCUCGGCUCUCUGCCCACUAGUGCCUUAACGCCUGCUGCUUUCAGCACCUUCUCACCGGGCCCCCUGGGCCACUCCACACACGGACCUUCCUCCUCCGAAGGACAUAGAGCAGCUGGGAGCCUUGGUGGUGUGGGUGGCAACUCCGCUUCUUGCUCCUCUUCCCAACUCUUCUCUCUCUUCACUUCCAGCCCCCAGGAGACGGGCCGCGGUGCUGGGAAAGGGGGGAGAGAGAGGAGCGCCUCGGCUUCCCGGGACUCUGCUCCUGUCAAGGAGAAGGAAAGGGAGACCGAGAAAAGCAGAGAGCGUGAGAAAGAGAACAAAAGGGAGGGCAGGAAAGAUUGGGAGAGGAGAGGCAAGGCGUCCACUCCAGACGCCUCUCCCAAUAGGACACCCAGCCUGUUUGCCGGGGAGGGGCGGGAAGGGGAGGAGUCUCUGACGUCCCUCGCUCCUAAAAAGACACCUGGGAGGAAGAAGUCUGUUCCCGUGGACUCGGGUACAGAGGCAUCACCUGUAGAAAGGGCUGCAGUCCACUCCUCUAUCCCCCUUAUCUUGACCAAGGGCCGCGCCUCCAAAAAGACCCGGCCCUCGGAGAGGGGGCCAGAGGCUGAACUUGGGGAGAAGGAGAAAACAACAUGUGUCCCUGCCCAGCAGGCAGGCCUUCCCCCGGGGCAGACUGGCAGCAAGAAGCCCCCGGCGGUCCCAUCCUUGGGCUCCAUGCUGGCGCACGCCGAGAAGCAGCCUGUGGCCGACAAGCGGGUGGCAGGCCUGCUGAAGAAGGCCAAAGCGCAGUUGUUCAAAAUCGAGAAGAGCAAGUCGCUGAAAUCCCCAGACCAUCCUAAAGUUCAGAGUCAUGAGAGCGACUCUUCGGAGACGUCGGUGCGAGGGCCGCGCAUCAAGCACGUGUGUCGGCGCGCCGCUGUGGCCCUGGGCCGCAACCGGGCCGUGUUCCCCGACGACAUGCCCACUCUCAGUGCCUUGCCGUGGGAGGAGAGGGAGAAGAUCCUGUCCUCCAUGGGGAAUGAUGACAAAUCUUCAGUGGCGGGCUCGGAGGAGGCGGAGCCCCAGUCCCCUCCCAUCAAGCCGGUGAUGAGGCACACCAAGAUCAUCCAGGAGGGAGGGGCGGCGCCGAGGAAAGGGCGGCGGUCGCGACGCUGCAGGCAGUGUCCCGGCUGCCAGGUCCCCGACGACUGCGGGGUCUGCACCAACUGCCUGGACAAGCCCAAGUUCGGGGGCCGCAAUAUCAAGAAGCAGUGUUGCAAGGUCCGAAAGUGUCAGAACUUGCAGUGGAUGCCUUCCAAGAUUUUUCUCAAGAAGCAAGUGAAAGGCAAAAAAUACAAGAAGAAGAACAAACUGUCUGAAAAAAAGGAGGCUUUACACCCCGUCAAGGGCCCAACAAGCACUGAGCCCAGUCUCAAACAGGUCCCGCCCCCUUUGAAGGAAGAGCCCCCUCGCAAAAAGAGUGUAACUCCUCCCCCGAAGCCAGGUGAGGAGAAGCAAAAACAGUCACCGCCACAGUUGCAGUCCCCCCCAGCCGACAACCCUACCCCCCCAAACGACCAGGCCCCCAGCUGCACCACCGCCCCUGGGCAAGACCAGAAACAUCCUGCACCGGCACCCACGGGUGCUGCUAGUAGGAAGGAACGAAAGCACCAGCAGCCCACCCCUCCGUCCUCCCCUUCCUCCUUCUCUUCCUCAUCGUCCUCCUCACUCCAGAGCUCCCCCUCCCCACCAACACCCCAGCCUCAGCAGCCACCACAGCAGCAUCAGAGGCCACAGCCCACCCAGGGGAGCAAAAAGGAGGGUGCAGCUUCCAAGUCUCCGCCCACAGAAACCAAGAGGAAGCCCCAGCAGCAGAGCUUAGCCACGCCCAUCACAGACACUGCACCCGAAGGGAAACAAAUGAAGAAACCGGCAUCUCGCUCUGUCCCACCACCACCUAAACCCACCAAACCAAAAGAGAAGCAGCAGAAGCCGUUGGCCAACAAACCUGAGAGCAGUACUUUAAACUUGCUGAGCACUCCCUCGACCGGGGGCACCGCCAAGCAGAAAGUGCCCUGCGACGGAGUGCACAGAAUCAGAGUGGAUUUUAAGAAGGACCAUGACGUGGAAAACGUGUGGGCCACAGGCGGCCUCGGCCUCCUCACCUCCGUGCCAAUCACCCCGCGGGUCGUCUGCUUCCUCUGUGCCAGCAGUGGCAACGUCGAGUUUGUCUUCUGCCAGGUGUGCUGCGAGCCCUUCCAUCUCUUCUGCUUGGGGGAGACCGAGCGCCCUCUGGAGGAGCAGUGGGAGAACUGGUGUUGCCGCCGCUGUCGCUUCUGCCACACCUGUGGCCUCCAGCACCAGAAGACUAAACAGCAACUUCUGGAGUGUGAGACGUGCCGAAACAGCUAUCACCCCGAGUGCCUGGGACCCAACCAUCCCACCAGACCCACCAAGAAGAAACGAGUCUGGAUCUGCACCAAGUGUGUUCGCUGUAAGAGUUGCGGGGCCACAAAACCUGGGAAGGCCUGGGACGCCCAGUGGUCACAUGACUUCUCCCUAUGUCAUGACUGUGCCAAACUUUUCGCUAAAGGUAACUUCUGCCCCCUUUGCGAUAAGUGCUAUGACGACGACGACUACGACAGCAAGAUGAUGCAGUGUGGGAGGUGCGACCACUGGGUCCACUCCAAGUGUGAGAACCUCACAGACGAGAUGUACGAGCUGCUGUCCAAUCUGCCAGAGAGUGUGGCCUACACCUGCACCAGCUGUACGAAGCGCCAGCCGGCCGAGUGGAGGACGGCCCUGGAGAAGGAGCUGCAGGGCCUGGUGCGCCGGGUCCUCACCGCGCUGCUCAACUCCCGCACCUCCACGCACCUGCUCCGCUACAGACAGGCUGUGAUGAAGCCGCCUGAGUUGAACCCUGAGACGGAGGAGAGUUUACCCACCCGUCGCUCCCCAGAGGGGCCCGACCCCCCGGUCCUGACCGAGGUCAAGCCCCCCAAUGACUCCCCCCUCGACCUGGAGUCGGUGGAGAAGAAGUUGGCCACCGGGCGCUACAAGUCUGUGCUUGAGUUCAGUGACGACGUAGUGAAGAUCAUCCAGAUGGCCAUCAACUCAGACGGCGGGCAGCCAGAGAACAGGAAAGCCAAUAGCAUGGUCAAGUCCUUCUUUAUCCGGCAAAUGGAGCGCGUAUUCCCUUGGUUCAAAGUCAAGGAGUCCAGAUUCUGGGAAACGCACAAAUUCUCCACCAACAGUGGCCUCCUCCCCAACGCUGUGUUGCCCCCCUCCCUGGACCACAACUAUGCCCAGUGGCAGGAGCGCGAGGAGAUCGCCCGCGCCGGGCAGCCCCUCAGGAAGAAGAUCAUCCCGGCCCCUUGCCCCAAGACCCCCGGAGAGCCCUACUCCCCCCCUCCGCCCCGGCCUCUACUUCCUCAAACACCCCCUAUGCUCCACGACCUGAGCUGUGAAGACAGUCCUGAGCUGCUCCCCCCUGGUGUCAGUGACAACCGCCAGUGUGUGCUGUGUCUCAAGUACGGAGAUGAUAACACCAACGAGGGCGGCAGGCUGCUGUACAUCGGGCAGAACGAGUGGACCCACGUGAACUGUGCCCUGUGGUCAGCCGAGGUGUUCGAGGAUGAUGAUGGCUCUCUGAAAAACGUCCACAUGGCCGUGAUCCGAGGGAAACAGUUGCGCUGCGAGAACUGCCAACGUCCCGGCGCAACAGUGGGCUGCUGCCUGACCUCCUGCACCAGAAACUACCACUUCAUGUGCGCCCGGCAGCGCCAGUGUGUCUUCCUGGAGGACAAGAAGGUCUACUGCCAGCGCCACCGGGACCUCAUCAAAGGAGAGGUGGUGUCCGAGUCUGGCUUCGAGGUCACACGGAGGAUCCUAGUGGACCUGGAGGGGAUCAGCAUGCGGAGGAAAUUCCUGACCGGCCUUCAGCCGGAGAACAUCCACAUGAUGAUAGGCUCCAUGACCAUCGAUUGCCUUGGAAUACUGACCGAGCUCUCGGAUUGCGAGCGCAAACUCUUCCCCAUCGGCUACCAGUGUUCCAGGGUGUACUGGAGCACUCUAGACGCCCGGAAGCGUUGCGUCUACACCUGCAGAAUCCUGGUGUGUCGUCCCACUGUGGUGGAGCCUGACCUGAAGAGUGCUCUUCCAGAGGAGAACCGCACUAUUUCCCACAGCCCUUUUACACCCAUUUUAGACAAAGCCCCGUCUCCGGUGCCCGAUCCUUUUGACUCUCUGAAGCCCUCCAACCGCCUGUCCCUGCUGCCCUCCAGCCCCAAUCCUCCUAAAGUUUACACACGAAACAGGCACCCCAGCUACCCCCCGUGCCAGCGCUCCCCUGUCAGACCACUUCCAUCCCCAGGCGGAUCCUCUCAGUCGGCCCAUGAGAUUGUGACGGUGGGGGACCCCCUUCUGAGUUCCAGCCUAAGGAGCAUCGGCUCCCGGCGUCACAGCACCUCUUCCCUCUCUCCCCAGCCCAGACAGAAGGUAGUCUCCCCUCCACAGGCCGGGAUGGCUGCCGCCAUGAACCAAUUGGCCCUGCUCUCUUCUUCCACCCCACCCCCUGUGCUCUCCUCUUCCUCUGCUUCCAGAGACCUGGGUCUAAGGGAUACAGGGAAGCCGCCCGCCAGCGGAGUCCGAACGCAGAGCCGCGAGACUAGCUCACCCAGCCCUGGAGGUCAACACCGACACCACCACAGCAUCUCUGAGAUGAAGACAGACGGUGGGAAAGAAUGUGCGCCUUGCAAGCAGGCUGUGGGGGAGAACCCCAAACUUUCCCCAAUGGCCCCAGGGAUGGCAGGAGCGAGCCAGACCUCCCCACCACCAGGUACAGGUGUCCUGACAGGGCACCAAAGGGCCAGCAACAGCAAAUCCCAGGCGGAGAAGGGGAAGCAGGGCGGGAAGGUCCCUGACCUGUCGGCUGGCGUCACGCUCCACUCCCACCACUGUGUCACCACGACCCUGUCCAAGGACAGAGGUGGUGGCGGUAGUAGUAGCAACCCGGCUAAGGAGGGAAGUGUGACCUUGGCGCAAGCCUCUAAAGAUUCUGUGAAAUUGGGGUCUCCCCAGCCCCUGUUCCACAAAAGCGUUGGGAGGCAGUCCCAGGACUAUCUGUCGGGGCCAGCCCCUGCCGCCGCCACAAAGCCCCUGUGGUUUUCGGGGGCCGAUGAUGACGUCAUCAAACGGAGCUCCCAAGCCACCCCGGCUGUUCCCUCCAGCCACUCGGCCGCCACCACCAAAGACAAGCACUCCAAAGUCCGAACAAUCGACAGCCGAGAGGCAUCUAAAGAGAGGGAGAAGACCCCUCAGAACAGCAACAAGAACCCCACGCUCAACAACAACAAUGCUAAAGAGACUGGUGGAACCACUAACGCUCCAACCCCGACCUCGCAGAACUGCAACAGCAAAGCUGCAAACCUCAGUAACAACACCAAAGCCAUUGGCAUGCAGGAGGUGGAAAAGCUGGAGAAUCAGGGAAGAGGACGAUCUUCAAAGAGCAGGGAGAGAUUCUCCAGUCCUGAGAACAGCUCCAGCCUAGAGGCCAUUAAGCAGCCCAGGAUCGCCUCGGAGAGAAGCAUGAGGGCUUCACAGGUUCAAGCAAGAGUAACAGCCAACGAAGUCGCGGCUGCUAGAGACAAAAAGCGGGCUAUAGUCAAGGCGUCCCUGACGCCGCUGAAGACCGACCCGAACGGGACCAACACCGUGAGCACUUCCUCUGACUCCUGCACUACCACUUCCAUCUGUCCAGUAGGCCUGGAGGGACCCCCCCACCGCAGGUCCUCCUGCUCCAUGCUCUUCUCCCCGUCGGCCUGCUCCGUGUCGAACAACCCGCCACUGCACCCCGAGGACCGCGAGGAGAAGCGACUCCUGGCUCACUGCACCGAGGACGAGGGGACCAGGGACGACCACGCCUUGCUGGAGGAGGAAGGCGGCGACGGGGACAAACGCCACGAGGACGACAGUGACUGCUCGGGCUCGGCCAAGCGACGUUACCCAAGGCGCAGCGCCAGGGCCCGCUCCAACAUGUUCUUCGGCCUGACUCCUUUCUACGGGGUGCGCUCCUAUGGAGAGGAGGAUAUCCCUUUCUACAGCAGCAGCGGGGACGGGCCUGGGAAGAGGAAGGCUGGGGGCGGCAGGCGCUCGGCCGAAGGCCAAGUGGACGGGGCAGACGAUAGGAGUAACUCCUCCUCAGGGGACAGCGGAGAAGGAGAGGAAGGGGGAUUCAGCCAGUGUUCCAACAAGGAUCCAUACUAUUACAACUUCACCCGCACCAUCAUCAACCCCGGCCCUGUGAUGCCCUCAAUCGAGGGGAUUGACCAGUGCCUGGGGAGGGGCUCUCAGCUGCAGCGCUUCCUGAAGGAUGAGAAGGAGGAGAGGGUUGUUGCUGCUGUGGAUGGAGUUCCCACCCGGAGCCUCCUGGGCCACCAGCAGAUUGGCCAGCUGGACGGCAUUGAUGACAGCUCAGAGAGUGACGCCAGCGCGAGCACCACCAACACCACCACCACGGCCACCGCAGCGUCCUCUUCCCACAAGAGCACAGGAAAGAGGAAGGCCAGAGAGAGGCACUUGGAGAAGCUGGAGCACGACUCUGGGAAGGAGGUGGACAACAGCAGCGGAGGGGGUGGGAGCAGCGGUAGCAGUAGCAACAACAGCCGAGAAGGCAGGAAGAGCCAGAAGGACAGCUCUCUCCCUCUGGGUGGGGUGAAGUCGUCCCAGAGACAGGACCCCCUGGAGGCCCAGCUCUCACUUAGCACUGAUCUGCUCAAGUCAGACUCGGACAACAACAACAGUGACGACUGCGGCAACAUCCUGCCGUCGGACAUCAUGGAGUUUGUCCUCAACACGCCCUCCAUGCAGGCCCUCGGGCAGCAGCCUGAGGCCUCCUCCUCCGAGCUCCUCUCCCUGGACGAGGGCUAUGGGGUGGGUGUCAACCGCCGCAAAGACAUCCUCUUCGAGGACUUCCCUCAGCCGCUGGCCAGUGCUGAGCCUGCAGAGAGUGGGGUGAGCACGUCCAUCUCGGUCGAAGAGCCAUAUGGUCUGCCUCUGGAGCUGCCCUCUGACCUCUCUGUCCUGACCACUCGCAGCCCCACGGUCAACAACCAGAACCAUGGCGGCCUCAUCUCAGAGGGCUCAGAACGCACCAUACUGUCCCUGGCAGCCUCUGACGAAACCAUCGCAGAGAAAGGAGGCGAGGACAAGCAGCAGAGAGGAGGGGCCAGUGUGUCCCCUGAGAGCCAGCAGGAAGGAAGUGGAGGUAGCAGAGAAUCUCAGGUAAGAGAAGGCCACAUGACCCCGGAGCAGUUUGAGCAUAUCACUAGUCCCUCCCUGGGCCAGGUGGUCGAAGCAGAUAACCAGGAUCUGACCAGGAGCUCUGGGACCCCCGUCCUACCCAGCUCCCCCACCCCACCUCUCCAGGGACAGAAGUACAUCUCUGCUUCAUCUUCAGCCAGCCCCGGACCCUCCCAGGUGGCCAGCAUGGCUGUCCAGACCACCUCUCAUUUAAAACAAGGCCCAGAAAAACUCAUAGUGGUCAACCAGCAUCUGCAGCCCCUCUACGUCCUACAGACGCUCCCCAAUGGUGUCACUCAGAAGAUCCAGAUCACCCCAUCGGUCAGUGCAACAGGAGUGAUGGAUACCAUGACUCUAACCACAGGGCUCACCAGCGGGAUAACCACCUCCCAGCCCAUCUUUCCUGCUGGGGGUAAAGUGUUGGGCACCAUGUCCCAUCACCCUCAGAUCCAUACUUUCACCGGCACCACCCAGACGGGCUUCCAGCCUGGCAUUCCCAGCACCACCUCCGGCCUCCUGAUCGGGGUGCCCUCCCACGAGCCCCAGAUCCUGGUGACCGAGGCCGGACGGAGGCACGACUUGGCCCCCAACGUGACCAUCGUGUCCAGCGCCGCCUCCAUCUCCACGUCCUCGGCCGUGCUCGUGUCUGGACACGGCAAGAAGCGACCCAUUUCCCGUCUCCAGCCGCGGAAGACCAAGAAACUAGCCCGCUCCAGGAGCCAGCCCACCCUGGCCCCGUCUGAGGUGAGACCCAACAUGACUCUGAUCAACCUGUCUUCGCCACAGAUAGCCCAGUCCGGACUGGUCGAGCUGGGCACCCUGACCACGGCCGCCACCACUUCUCACCGCAAUGUCCCCAACAUUAUCAAGAGACCCAAAUCAGGAGUCAUGUACUUUGAGCCCAUCCAGCAGAGGAGGCCUCUUCCCAGUGGGCAGCCUGGCAUCCUGGGCCACGACUCCUCCACCCACCUGCUGCCCUGCACUGUCUCGGGGCUCAACCCUAACCAGUCAGCAGUGCUGAACAUGGUGUCCAUGGCUCAGCCCAGCGGGCCCGGAGGCCUCAUUGCGCCAGGCUCUGUCUCUCUCAGCACCCCGGUGCUCAGCUCUGCUGAAAUCACGGGACCCAUCAGCAGCCUCCUCUUCAAAGCCACCCCGCACAACCUGGGCCUUCCGGAGCAACAGAUGCUCCUCCAGUCUGGAGCACCUCUGAUGUCUCAGCUGUGCAGCCCCGCCCAGGCCUCCAUCGCCAGCAGCAUCUGUGUGAUUCCCUCCCAUCAGACCAUCAGCAUGUCCUUAAGCCAGCAGGUGGACCCAGAAAGCAGCGCUUUCCAGCGGCAGCAACACCCGCCAAAUGCUAGUGGACAACCUGUGGCUCUGGCCCCCAGCCCGGUCUCACAAGACGCCGGCAAGGGACAUCCAGUUGGGGUGUUCUCCCAGAGUUCCCGCUCUCAAAGCUCAAGCGCCAUGCCUAUAUCCAGGUCCUCAUCAGAGCAGAAACAAGAGCUGAGGUGUAGCGCUGCAGCAACGGCAUUUACGGGCUCUGGGAAAGGGAAGCAGAAAGCCAAGCGGACGAGGCAGAGUCCAGACAAGGCCAGCGGGAAGAAACACAAGGGUUGGCAGACGGAGUCUCCUCGGGAGACGAAAGGAGACCGGGCAGCACCCUCCACUCCUGGCUCUAGAGAGCCAGUCUCUCCUGAAUCCAUGGACACAGGCAAGCCCAGAGACGGGGGCACCUGCAAAAGUAAAACCAGUGAGUUCCCUGAGGAGAAAGGCGAGACCACCGCUGGCUCUCUACUGGUGGCCACCCCUGACCAGGAGGGCAGCCGCAGGGACUCUUCCAUGGACCACAAGCCCAAGAAGGGACUCAUCUUUGAGAUCUGCAGCGAUGAUGGCUUCCAGAUCCGCUGCGAAAGUAUUGAAGAGGCCUGGAAGUCCCUGACAGAUAAAGUCCAGGAGGCCCGCUCCAACGCCAGACUCAAAGAGCUCUCCUUUGAAGGAGUGAACGGUCUGCGGAUGCUGGGGGUCCUCCACGAUGCCGUGGUGUUCCUGCUGGAGCAGCUGUAUGGUUCCAGGCACUGUCGCAGCUACCGCUUCCGCUUCCACAAGCCCGAGGAGGCCGACAAGCCCCCGAUCAACCCUCAUGGCUCGGCCCGCGCCGAGCUCCACCAGAGGAGGUCUGUGUUUGACAUGUUCAACUUCCUGGCCUCCAAGCACCGCCAGCCUCCCGAGUACAACCCCCACGAGGAGGACGAGGAGGUGCAGCUCAAGUCUGCUCGCCGGGCCACCAGCAUGGACCUCCCCAUGCCCAUGAGGUUCCGACACCUGAAGAGAACGUCCAAGGAGGCGGUGGGGGUGUUCAGGUCAGCCAUACACGGCCGAGGUCUGUUCUGCAAGAGGAGCAUCGACGUGGGGGAGAUGGUGAUCGAGUACUCGGGCAACGUCAUCCGCUCUGUCCUCACCGACAAGCGGGAGAAGUACUACGACGGCAAGGGCGUUGGCUGUUACAUGUUCCGCAUUGAUGACUACGAAGUGGUGGACGCCACCGUGCACGGCAACGCCGCCCGCUUCAUCAACCACUCGUGCGAGCCCAAUUGCUACUCGCGAGUCAUCAAUGUGGACGGGCAGAAGCACAUCGUCAUAUUCGCCACGCGUAAGAUCUACCGCGGCGAGGAGCUCACCUACGACUACAAAUUCCCCAUUGAGGAGCCGGGCAAUAAGCUUCCAUGCAACUGCGGAACCAAGAAGUGCCGCAAGUUCCUCAACUAGCCCCCUCCCACUCUGCUGUGUGAUGGUAGUGGCGUUAGCGGUACUUCUCCCACUCUGCUGUGUGAUGGUAGUGGCGUUAGCGGCACUUCUCCCACUCUACUGUGUGAUGGUAGUGGCGUUAGCGGUACUUCUCCCACUCUGCUGUGUGAUGGUAGUGGCGUUAGCGGUCUUCUCCCACUCUGCUGUGUGAUGGUAGUGGCGUUAGCGGUACUUCUCCCACUCUGCUGUGUGAUGGUAGUGGCGUUAGCGGUACUUCUCCCACU